UUUGAUUAUUGAAACGGUCGAAUAUUCUUGGAAAAAGUUCAGGAAGAUUCCUUCGGCUUCGUAAUCUCGUAAUCAACGAAGAGAUCAGGCAAUUAACGAGAAAUGCACGAGUGGUUUUGAAGUAGAAAAACAAUAAUGCCAAAAUCAACAAAACGCCUUAUUGCUAUGUACAAACGAUAGCUGUUUUCGCGUUAGAAAGAUACGAUCAUCGAGAUAAAAAUGUUUGAACAACAUAUAUAUAUACAUAUCGCAAGAUUUUCAAACUAUACUGGAACUUUACUUUAUAAACAACCAUCGACUCAACAGUUCCGAUCAUUCCGAAUUGUUCGGUUGAACAAGUGCAACGACAAUUCAGUUUGUCAACAUGACGAACCGCCAGGAUGAGGGGCACAAACGAAAUCAAUUUAAAAGGAGCAUCUCCAGACAGUCUUUUUGUUGUUUCUAGGUAUUUUUAGGUAUUUUGACAAACUUUUCAAGCAUCGCCCCAAGCAUGAGCUUAGGUUACUCAGCAGUAGCAAUUCCAGCAUUAAAAGAAGACAGCAAUUACCCUUUAAAUGGAGACCAAUCUUCUUGGUUUGCUUCGAUAGCAUCGCUGGCGACACCGUUCGGGUGUUUCUUUGCUGGGCCAAUAGCCGACCGUUUCGGUCGCAGGACGGCCCUCAAUUGCGUCAACGUCAUCUGCUUCCUGGGAUGGAUCGUCAUCGCGUCCGCUUACUUCUUCCCCGGGCAUCACUAUCCCGUUUUGCUUCUGGGCCGUUUCCUCACCGGUUUGUCCACUGGUUUGUCCAGCGUGCCGGCAACAGUGUACAUGGCGGAGGUGUCCAGCCCGAAGCUGCGAGGAGUGUUUACCACUUGGAACACCAUCAGCUUCGCCUUGGGGGUCCUCGUGAUUUACAUGUUCGGCUGGUGUUUCCAGGAUAACUGGGCAAUAGUGGCCUUAAUCAGUGCGGCCUUCCCCUGUUUGGGUAUACUCAUCAACCUCCUCCUUGUGCCCGAAUCACCGUCUUGGUUGGUGGCCAAAAACCGCAUAGAGGAGGCCAAGAACAACAUGUGUUACGUCUUCGGCACUAAGGAGUAUGUUGAGGAGGUGCGACAAGAAAUAGACACCUUGAUCAAAACGAAAACUGUCAAAAACACCUUCACAACUUCACCAAUAAUCGUACAAUUGAAGAAGAAGCUGAAACUGUUGACCAAAAAGUCUUUUUUGCGCCCCUUUUCCAUAGUCAUCACCUUCUUUUUCUUCCAGCAGUUCUCUGGCACCUUCAGCAUUGUUUUCUAUGCUAUAUCCAUCGUUGAGGACGCUGGUAUAAAGUUUGACCCGUAUUUGGCCAUAGUUUUAAUCGGAGUCGUCCGAUUAUUGUCGGCCAUACUCUUGAGCUACAUCACCAAGAAAAUAGGACGAAGACCUCUCUCAAUUUUCUCCGGUAUGGGAAUGUUUAUGUGUAUGACAAUUUUAGCCAGUUACAUCCUGUUGAUCGAACAAGGAAAAGUAACGGAAUCAAUGCAAGACACCCUGAUGUUCUUCCCCGUCAUCCUCCUGCUCUUGUACUUCUUCACCAGCACACUAGGCUUCCUGCCGUUACCCUUCGCUUUCGCCGCCGAAGUCUUCCCCACCAAGGUGAGGGGUUUGGCCACCGGUUUGAGUUCCGGUUCUGGUUAUCUGUUCAACUUCAUCACCGUCAAAAUAUACCCCAACAUGUUGGCAAGCAUGUGCAGACAGGGGGUUUUCUUCUUCUACGGAGGUGUUGCUCUAGUCGGUACCUUCUUCGUCAUAUUCUUCCUCCCGGAAACCAAAGGGAAGACCUUGCAAGAGAUUGAGGACUAUUUCGAUGGGAGGGGGAAAAAAAAUGAGACUGGACCUUAGUUAUAAUUAUUCCAGUAUUUUUGUUUAUUUAUUUAUCUGUGAUUUGUUCUGUUAUAGUUUAAUAAAACUGUUAUGUA